AGUAGGAGGUCAUGUGACCAUUACAGUAGUAAGCCGUACAGCUCAAGAGAGCGCCGCGAUCUGCCUUCCAAAACAAAGAAGAGAGAGGUUUUUAUUGCAUACGAUGAGGGACGAGGAAACGCGUGCCCAACAAGAAGUUACAAAAAACAACAACGACUGCCAGGGAAAUGCCAUCACCCUCCCCGCUCCUGAGAGUGAAGCGAGGACGCCUUUUGAAAUGACAUACUCGGACACGGAGAGCGAACACGAGCAGGAGCAAGUGUUAAAGAAACCAAAACCUGAUAUUGCCAUGCCAGCCCCCUCCUCUGUGAAUAUCUUGACCCAGCUGAAGCUGUCUCUGGAGAAGGAGCAGAAGGAGCAGAACAGCCCCCCCGAUGGUGAGAGCGAGGGCGAGGGCGAGGACGAGGACCUGCUGCACCACAAAUCCAAGGAGGACCUGAUCGCUGAGAUCAAAAUCCUGCGUGCGAAGCUGGCUCGCUCCACCAGGGAGACACGCAGGCUCCGGCAGUCCCUCACCAUGCUCCGAGUGUUGCCGAAGGCAGUGAAGAAGUUCACGAAGCUGGUGGAUAAAGCAGAGGAGCUGCUCAAAGUGCCCCCCCCUCCGGGGUCCCAGCACUCAGCCGAUUCCGGAGCCCCCGCUGCCGCCCCCCCCUCGCCCAGCCCCAGCUCCUCCACCAGCAGCCUCUUGUCAAGCCUGUCCCCCGCUGGCAGCAGGAUCUCCAGCAGCUCUCUCUUCAGCAGUCCAGAGAGCCCCGUGCGUGAGGGAGCCGAGCCCCCGCAGAAGAAAUGGUUCAAAAUCGAGAAAUGGCAGAUCGACCGCUUCAACAAGGCCACACCUCAGAAGUUUGUGAACGACCUGAUGCAGGCGCGCUACACGAUGGAGUUCAUGGCUACGCACAGCGUGACUGGAGCCAGAUCGUCCUCCUCCAAGUUCAGAGAGACCAAGCCUGCCAUGAACCGGGCUGAGGUGCAGGAGAUCAUAGAUGUCACCAAACGCUUGUUUCCGGAUAUGACCGACACAAUCGUGAGAAGAAUGAUGGGUCAGAAACUCAACAACUGCACCAAGAAGUAUCUGUCAACCAAAAUCAAAGUAGAAAUCGUAUCGCCUUAAUGUUACAAAUGAGUUUUGUUGUUGUUGUUUGUUUAUUUGAAAGGGAGGAUGGAGUAAGUGUAAAAUAUUAGUGUGUUUUUUUCUUUUUCAAUUUCUAUGAUAUGUGUUUUAUACUGUAGCUGUUUUCAUUCUGGUGUAAAAGAAAUGGAGCAUUCAUGUUCAGAAACGAAAGAACCGUAUUAGAGAUGGCAAUGAAAUUUAUUGAUCCUCUGUGAGAAUACAAGUAAAUUUCUUUAAAACAA